AUGCCGAAGGUUAAGACGAGAAUAAUGAACGAUUCCUGGCUGAGACAAAGAGAAAUUGGCCAGCGGCUACCUUUAGGAUAUGCUGAUAGGUUUUCCAAACGGUUAUAUUCGUCAAUUCUCCCAUGUACAUCGUGGGAUCAUGGCGAAAAUUUGAGACAUGCAAUGCAUGGUGGUGUCUUCAAUUUGGAAUUUUCACCUGAUGGAUCUCUUCUGGUUGCAGCAUGUGAAAAGAAGAGCAUAUUAAUGUUUGACCCUCUUUGUCGAAGACUGAUACAUGCAGUAGACAAUGCUCAUCGAGACUGUGUUAACUGUGUUAGGUUCUUGGAUUCCCGUGUUUUUGCAACAUGCAGUGAUGACAGUACUGUGGCACUGUGGGAUGCUCGUAAUUUGAAGUCUCAAAUACGUACCCUUCAUGGCCAUUCCAAUUGGGUAAAAAACAUAGAAUUCUCUCCACGAGAUGGGUUGCUGGUAACAUCUGGUUUUGACGGCAGUAUCUACACGUGGGAUAUUAACAGCUAUACAGAAAGUGGCUUUGUGUACAAUCGUGUCUUCCAGACAAAUGGGUUGAUGCGAACAAGACUUAAUCCAGAUGCCUCAAAGAUGAUCAUAUGUACUACAGGCGGGUACUUAAUCAUUAUCCACAAUCUUGACCUCAUGACCAUGGCGCAAGAUCUCGUUGAUUUCAAGCCCAACAUGUACCGACUGAUGCAGCUGAGUCAGACAACUAUUCCUGUGGCAGCAAAAUUCACUCACUUGUUCUCUCACCAGCGUAAGACCAACAGAGUGGAGUUUGUGACUGACUUUCCUACAGGGGAUGAUGCGGAAGUUGUCUCUUCCUUGCAGAUCCACCCCCAGGGCUGGUGUGCCCUCAGUCGCAACAUCAGCAAUGAUGAGAACUCUGAGGUGAGUGUACUGAUCGUAUCGUUCGAGAUUUGGAAGCUUCCCGAUUCAUAUUUUGGCUCACUUGCCGGUUUACCUCAGGCUCUCCAUCAAGCAGUGGCCCCUUCCAAAUUCUCAUUCUCAUUCAACACUGCAUAA